AUUUUGCAGCCACACAACCGGUUCCAGCAUGCUGGCGGUGCGACGUCGGGGGCUGCGCGUCCUUGCAGUGGCUCCACUGCGCGUGCGCGGGCUCGCUACAACCUCGACGGAAUUCAUGGAGGGCGAGGCACUCACGCCUAAAACAGUGGGACCUUAUAUGUCGGAGCGGCUGGAGGAGUUCAGACCCGAACGCAUCCGCAACUUUAGCAUCGUAGCGCACAUCGAUCAUGGCAAAUCGACACUGGCGGACAGGUUGCUGGAGUCAAGCGGCAAUAUCUCGCGACAGGAGCGUGAAAGCGCCCAGUUCCUCGACAAUUUGAAGGUGGAGAGGGAACGAGGAAUUACCGUCAAGGCACAGACAGCGUCAAUGCUCCACAGAGACUCCAAGACUGGGGAAUCAUUCAUGCUCAACUUAGUGGACACUCCAGGGCACGUGGACUUUAGCUACGAAGUGAACAGGUCGCUUUCGGCUUGUGAAGGAGUGCUGCUAUUGGUGGAUUGCUCGCAGGGCAUUCAGGCACAGACGCUGGCGACCUAUUACGCCGCAAAAGAGAGGAAUCUCCACGUUGUGCCAGUGUUAACCAAGAUCGACAUGCCUCACGCUGAAGUGGACGAUAGUAUUCUGAGUUUAUCGUCGCUAUUGGACGUGGACCCGGAUGAAGUUCUCUUAACGUCGGCAAAAAGCGGCGAUGGCAUUAACGAUGUUCUACCAGCAGUAGUAGAGCGACUACCGCCUCCGGUAGAGUGCGACCCUGCUGCGCCUUUGAGGUGUUUGCUGGUCGAUUCGUACUACGAUGACUAUCGAGGAACCGUCUGCUUGGUGAAGGUCGUAGACGGCGCAAUUUCUCCGGGGGACAAGAUCUACAGCGCUCACCAGAAAACGAAACAUGACGUUCAAGAGACGGGCCUCUUACUCCCGGGACGAUACAAAACAAAAGGGCUGUAUGCCGGUCAAGUUGGCUACAUUAUUGCUGGCAUGAAAUCGACCACCGAAGCCAAAGUAGGAGACACGUUCUUCCGCGAAGGAGCUGCAUCUGCUGACCUCAAGGCGCUUCCGGGCUUCCAGGAGGCGCGUAGUAUGGUCUUUGCGAGCAUGUACCCUACCGAUGACUCGAGCUUCGACGAGUUGCGCGUGGCUAUCGAGAAACUCACGUUGAACGACGCGAGUGUGACGGCUCAGCAGGAAACUAGUGGCGCUUUGGGCAUGGGAUUCCGCUGUGGUUUCUUAGGAUUACUGCACAUGGAGGUGUUCCAUCAACGUCUCUCGGACGAGCAGGGCAUACAGGUGAUGGUCACAGCGCCGAUGGUACCGUACACUGUGAUCGACCCGAACGGCGAGCACUUGACUGUGGAGACUCCCGGUGCGUUCCCUGAAUCGACCAAGUACUACGAGAUCCUGGAGCCCAUGGUGGAGGCCUCGAUUAUCACCCCUGCGUCGUACUUGGGCCCCGUGCUGGCACUUGCCAAAGAGAAGCGUGGCGUUCAGACGAACCUCGUUUACCUGGAGGAUGAACGAAUUAUUGUCACCAUUGACGUGCCAUGGCAAGAGGUGGUUACCAACUUCUACAACGAACUCAAGACAAUAUCGUCCGGUUAUGCAACGCUGAACUACCGUGAGAUCGAGCCACAGAAGGCGGAUAUUGUCAAAGUGGACUUGCUGAUUAAUGGGAAAGUGCUCGAUGCGCUCUCCUUCGUGUGUCACCGCAGUCGAGCCACACCGGAUGGACGUGCCCUGUGUCAAAAACUCAAGCGUGUGAUCGACAGACAACAAUACGAGAUCUCAAUCCAGGCGGCUUUGGGCGGCAAGAUCUUCGCAAAGGAGCGGAUUGCGCCGUACCGCAAGGACGUGCUUAUCAAGUCGGGGAAGACUGUGGGGGGAGGAGAUAGUACUCGGAAGAAGAAGCUGCUGGCGAAGCAGAAGCAGGGCAAGCGUCGCAUGAGAACUGUGGCCAAUGUGCAGCUCUCGCAAGAUGCUUUCUGGUCCGUGCUUUCCAAAUAG